CAGGUGCCGUAAAUUUUGAGUGCGCGAUCGCAUCCAUUGCAACUCUCGUGUAAUCUUAGAUGGCCCGGUGCCCCCGCGAUACACGGUAGUGUUUUUUGUGUAAGAGAUUUGUGAGCGCCGGACCAGCAACCAUGACUCGUCGCAUCGACGAAGAUACGAUUCUUCAACUAUUAUUAGAAGAUAAUAGUGACCAAGAAAAUUCGUCAGAGAGUGAGAAGGAAGACCACAUCGAGGUUGAUCCGGCUUAUGUAUCAGUGAGUGAGGAUGAAAUUUCGUCUUUGGACUUGGCAUCAAUUGAAGAACAGAUACCAAGUACUUCGGCACAAGAACCUAACGAAUUGAUUAUUAUACCAUCGCGUAACAUACUUCGCGGAAAAUAUAAGCACAAAUGGUCAUCGUUAAAGCCAAAGUCACAAGGCCGAACAGUCGCAAGAAACAUUGUGCAUAUUAGACCAGGCCCCACUCGUAUGUGUAAAAAUGAAUUAGAUCCUUUACGUUGCUUUUCGUCUUUUAUUACAGAUGAUAUAGUAAAUAUAAUUGUCACUUAUACUAAUGCUGAGAUUGUAAUAAAAUAUAAAAAUACAAAAAUUUUGCAUCACAAGUUAGUCGAGCCACAUAUGCAAAAACGUAUACUUGUGCCCACACUUCAAACUGGCCUGCGCGAUUCGAUUACACAAAUUUUGAAUAUGCCAGGAAGUAGUAGAUCGAGUUUGACACUUGAAACUGAAGCUACAGGUCAUCCUAUCGCAAAAAAAAAAAAGAAAAAUUUGUGCCGUAUGCCCAUCAGCAAAACGAAGGAUGACGAAAACUAGUUGCUACAAGUGCAAUAAAUCAGUGUGUGGUGAACACAAAUUUGAUAUGUGUCACAAAUGUCUUAGUUCAUAGUUUUUUACCAAAAUUUUUACUUUUUUUGUUGAUUCGAUGUUUAAAUUUUGAUUAUUUGACUUCUUUUUCAAAGUUUUUUUUCUAGUUUUUAAGAGAUAAGCGCUUAAAAAAACAAAUAUCUUUAUUUAGAGCGAAACAUAUGGUCUCAGCACAAAGGCUGAUUAUGUAAUAAAUAUGUGAUUUAAUUAAAUAAGAAUGUUAUAUUUUUGUUAACAAAUGAUUGUAAUAAACAAAUAUUGUUCGCGACAUUAUUUGUAUAUAUCGUAAUUUAUAGUUGUUAAGUCCCUAGUUAAUCGUUUCUGUAUUCUGUUAUUUUAUAUAGAUUUACAUAGAUUUAAGAUAGUGUAAGUUAAAUAAAGUAUUCCUUUGCGUGUUGUCGUUAUUACCUACGAAUAGAAAUUGUAACAAUAAAUAGAAUUAAGAAAUUGUAAAUUGAAAUAAAAUAAAUAAAUAGACGCUAUAGAGUACCGAUCUGAAGAGACACGCGUCUCGUUCAUUUUCGCCCCGUCCCGCUCGCACAGAUCGCUAUCGCGAGUUGGAAACGUUAUCGUGCGAGCGGGCGGGUAUAAAGAUAGGCCGCCUCUCGUCGA